CAUGCGCACUUCACCAUUGGCAACUACAACUUUGGUUAUACAGCGAAGAUUAUUGAUGUGUUGGGGUUAGAAAUAAAUUGAGCCCAGUACUUUAGUUGGUGGCGGAAUAACAUGAACGUCAUGUUUUGUUAAAACCGCCUUUUUGUCAAUGUGACUGGGUCUGAACUGUAACUUGGACCAUACGAAGUUUUGGUCUGAACGUUACUUCCUCAGUCUGGCAGUUGUGUGACCCAGCCAGUAAAACUGACAUUGUGAACCAGCAGCACACAGGCGCACACUCAUUGAAGGGGCAAUGUGGUGGUUCCAGAAAGGUCUGUGCAUCCUGCCCGUAGGUGUGGUCGUCUGGAUGACAACGACCUUUGUCGUUUCUUACAUCAUAGCCGUGGUGCUGGGACAUGUGGAUCCUCUGGUGCCAUACAUCAGUGACCUAGGAACAACGGCACCAGAGAGGUGUGUGUUUGGCAUCAUGAUGAAUGUGUCGGCCUUCUUCGGUAUAGCGACGAUUUUUGUGCGUUACAAGCUUCUGAAAGUUAUCACAGGCGAAAACAAGCUCAUACUCCACAAACUGAACGGCCUAGGACUGGUGUUCGGCUGCAUCAGCUGCUUCGGGAUGUGCGUGGUCGGGAACUUCCAGAGGACCACGAUGUUCUCCGUGCACAUAGUGGGGGCAGUAUUGACCUUCGGGGUCGGUGCUCUCUACAUCCUGGUUCAAACACUACUCUCAUUCAACAUGCAGCCUCACAUUCACAGCAAGACCGUCUACUUGGUCCGCCUCGGCAUCAGUGUCUGGACCCUGAGCAGCAUCAUCGCCUUGUUCGUAUCGUCAGUCAUCAUGUACAGCAGUCUGCCGAGUCUGGAUGCAGCUUUGAAACUUCACUGGGUUCCUGGAGAGACGGCUUACACAGCUCACAUCUUCAGCACUAUCUCUGAAUGGUCUCUGAGCUUCUCCUUCAUCGGCUUCUUCUUCACCUAUAUCCGAGAUUUUCAGAAAAUUAAUUUGCGAACAGAAGCAGUUCUACAGAGCAACCACCUGUAUGAGCAGCUAGACGGAGACAGCGGAGUGUCAAGUCAUUCCCAACGUGCCUCUGAAUCACCUCUGCCGCCAGCUGGAGGAACGUGACCAGGAGUAGAGCUUCCUACAAGAAUGGCUUUUACACCUAUUUUCACUUUUUCUAAUGUAACUCAAAUGCUUUUUAUAUAGUUUCUAAAAGCUGCGGUGGCUGUUAAAGGGUCAGUUUGCCCAAACGUACUCUCUCUUCCCUUUAAUAAUAUGUGACAGAUGGUUUUGAUUUGUCUGUCGAGGUUUUGAGUUUUCUGCCUUGAACUCAGUACAAUAGAAAUAAUUAUUCCAUCUCAACAACAGGAGAGAGUUAAGAGUGAAACCCUGCUCACCUCCAUUGUGCUGGAGUGUAGAUAUCUACAGACCUGGACAUAUAAAACCAAAAUUAUCUGACUGGACCACAUGUUACUGAAGGGAGGAGAGAUUUUUGAAAUGUUUUUUAUUUUUUGUAAGUUGAGUGAACUGACCCUAUAAAUCCAAAUAUGAUGCUUUUGCACUUUACCCUCAAGUGGUGUCAGUCGCUCUCUGUGACUUUAUAUCAGUAAAUUAUAAAAAUCCAUUAGCUUUCAGUCAUAAAUUACAUCUGCUCUUCCUUCCUAAUGUUUAAACUUGAGCCAAUGGACUGACAGACUGUAAGGGGAACAGUAUUUGCAGGAGCCCUUACUGUACUUUUCGAUCUAUACAGUUUAGCACCCAGGAUGCUUAAGUAUUUUCAGACCGGUCUUUUUCUCCAUGACACCUGACCUGCUCGUUACACACCACCUAGUUUUCAACUGCCCAACUUCAUCACUCUUUAAACUACAAAUCCCACACAGACAAGCAAAUCCAAAUUUUAAUUUCCUCAUAAAACUGGCAUUUUUAUGCAAAGCGUUGCAUUUUAAAAGACUCACCCCCUGAUUUUAUUUCAGCAGUGAUGUUUAGGAAUUUGGGGAGUUUUGAAGUGCUAAAACAAAAUGAGCAUUUGUCUUUAAAAACACAAGUUCAGAUAUAAAUGGCAUUAACUUUGGCAAACUCAUUUGAUAUUAGACUUUUUAACGAGACAUGGAAAUCCUGAUUAUUCACAAACUACAACUGCUUCAUGGGUUUGGGGAAUUUUUAAAGAAAAAAUUCAAACUGUUGGAGAUGAUCAGAAGUUCAUUUCUGUCUGAACUAAUAAAAGUACAAUAUUAUAACACAUUGUUAUUAAAGUGAAUGGCUUGAACAUAUAUACAUACAAUCAUAAUAAAUAACACAGAAAUUAUAAAAGUGGCAGAGACUCAUUGAUCACUGAGUAGCACACUAGAGCUGAUCUAAUUAUUAACGCUAUUUUAUUAUUGAUUAAACGGCCGAUUUGUUUUUGAUGAACCGUUUAAGGCUCACAUCGUCACUUUCUAAUUUUGUCUGAUAGUUCAAAAUCCAAGGAUUUUCACUUUACCUGCUCAAGAAUGGACUAAAGCUGUUAUUCAGUUAUUGAAGUAGCUGCAGUAUAAUUUUCUGUCAAACAACUAAUCGUAGCAGCUCAAAACAUAACAUCUCAGACGUGAGCUAAAUUUGUGAUUUCUCUGCAGAAAACUGUGCAAGGUUGACAGUGUGAGCGAGCUGGCCUUUACGUGGAGACCCAGGUGAACAUACAGGUGUGUUUAAGAUCUCCAGCAGCAGGUAGUGAAAAUCUGUGGAUCUAUUAUAACAACUGGACACCAAACUGAAUGGGAAAAUCAUUGUGCAACCCACUGCACACGUGUUAGUCUUUCUCCCACUCAGCCCUCACAAUCUGAAGACACUGAGCAAAUAAAAAUAGCUUCUUUUUUUUUAGACUUUACAAAUAUAAAACCUUCAUGAUUUAAAAAUUCAUAGUCUAAUAAUUGACAUUUUUCAGGUGGAGGUGUCCUGUCCACAGUUUUACAGACAUCUCAUUUAUAAUGGAGGUCUAUAGGGAAAGUGCUUUUUGGGCUUCAUUGAGCUCCCUUUCUUCCUAAACAUAGUCUGUUUGGAAGUUAACUACGCCCUCCCCAGCUUCAGUUUGCAUUAAUAAAUACAUUAAACACCACAUGGUGAACUGGGGGACUUUGGGGCACUUCACCAAAUGUAAUGCAGCCUGUUGUUGGUUGCUGGCAUUGUGAUAAUCAGGCUGAAGGUCUUGUUUAGUUUCUCUUCAUUUUUCUCUUCUGGCAGCAGUUUUCUGUUUGAGAAGGGUUUAUUUUGCUCUGACCAAUCAGCAGUGGCCAAUGUACUGGUUCGCUCAACAUCACUUUCAGUCCACACAGAAGCACUGAUAGACUCAUUUUGUUUUAAAUUGAGGAAAAAGCCGAUAACAGCAGACCUCUUGUUACACCACCAAACCAAACAGAGAUGUGGGCAGUAAUUCACAAGUCUGGAAUCAGCGAUAUGCUACUGCAGUCAAUGGUGAUUCACACCAAAUGGGAUCAUGAAAACAUUUUUUUUUUCAAAUUGCUGGAAGCUAUGGCACAAGCACAGCAUGUCCAGAACAUCUGAGAGCUGUUACUGCAGAGAGUUUAGUGACUGAUGACGCUCUGCUGUUAAACACAAGGACAAAAAUCACAAAGUCAGUUCUCAAGUCUUCUGACCUUGACUCUUCAAACCCCCUUUUCCCUCAAACUGAAAUCAUGAGUGCAGUAGUUUCCAGUUCUCUGAGGACAGUGGGAGGAUUAUCAGUCAGCCGGGGCAUCAGAAAAAGACCAGAGGGUUAUAAGGCAUCAGUGGAUGGGGCCACA